UGAUCUUCACCAAGGUCCGAAGACUCAUCAACCCGGCGAAAGCGAAGCUCAUCAACCCGGCAACUCAUCAACCCGGCAAAAGCGAAGCUCAUCAACCCGGCGAAAGCGAAGCUCAUCAACCCGGCGAAACUCUCACCAGAUCUUCAUCAAUCAAUCAAGAGGGAGAGAGAGAGAGAGAGAAAACCCUAGAAAAGCGACGAUGCCAGCGUUCAGAACCCAGUUCAAUGGUUACUCCGUGAAGUUCAGCCCCUUCUACGAGUCCCGCAUCCUCGUCGCCACCGCCCAGAACUUCGGCCUCGUCGGCAAUGGCCGCCUCCACAUCCUCGACCUCUCCCCGGCCACCGGCGUCAUCUCCGAGCUCCGAUCCUUUGAAACCUCCGAUGGCAUCUACGACUGUGCCUGGUCUGAGUCCCAUGACUCCCUUGCCGUCGCCGCCGUCGCCGAUGGCUCCGUCAAACUCUGGGACGCCAAGCUCCCACCCUCUUCCAACCCCGUUCGCUCCUUCAACGAGCACGCCCGCGAGGUCUACGGUGUCGAUUGGAACCCUAUCCGCCGGGAUUCCUUCGUCACCGCCUCCUGGGACGAUACCCUCAAGCUCUGGACCGUUGAUCGCCCCACCAGCAUCCGCACGUUCCAGGAGCACACAUACUGCGUGUACUCUGUUUCUUGGUCCCCCCGCCAUGCCGAUGUCUUCGCCUCCGCCUCCGGCGAUAGCACUGUCCGCGUUUGGGACGUCCGUGACCGUGGAUCCAACGUCAUCAUCCCCGCGCAUAACAACGAGGUGCUGUCCUGCAAUUGGAACAAGUACGAUGAGUGUAUCCUCGCUACGUCGUCCGUUGACAAGACAAUCCGGGUUUGGGACGUGCGCUCGCCGCAAGCACCGCUUGUGUCUCUUGCAGGGCAUACCUAUGGGGUGAAGAUGGUGAAGUUCUCGCCUCAUCGGGAGAACAUUCUGGUUUCUUGCUCGUAUGAUAUGACAGUGAGGAUGUGGGAUUACCGGGCUGAGGACUCGAUGGUUUCUGUGUAUGACCAGCAUACUGAGUUUGUUUAUGGGUUGGAUCUUAGCGUCCUUAUUGAGGGGUUGAUUGCAAGCACUGGAUGGGAUGAGCUCGUUUAUGUGUGGCAACAUGGCAAUGACCCAAGAGCCAUGCCUUGAAUUCUGUAGAAUUUGUGUAGCAAUAUGAUUUACGGACAGAAGAAAGAUUAGGGUUCAAGAAUGAUUGAAGUCAGUGAGAAUAAGCAAGGAGAAGAAAUUCAUCAUUCUGGUAUGCUUUAUCAAAUGGUUAAUACAUUUCUUUUGAUAUAUAAAUUGGUAAAUGAAUUAGUUACUUGUUCAA